CGGUAAAGCGAUAAGAGGCUCGUGGAGUUUGGACAAGCGAUGGCUCGUGAGAUGGGGAAGGGGGUGGCCGUCGUGGUGGGAGGGAGCGUGGCCGGCUUGGCCUGCGCGCACGCCGUGGCGGAGGUUGGGUGGAAGGCGGUCGUGUUGGAGAAGGCGGCGGCGCCGGCGGCCGGAUCGGGCGGCACGGGCGCAGGGCUGGGGCUCGGCGCGCAGUCUAUGGAGACACUCGCCCGCUGGAUCCCCGGGUGGGGUCUCGACGCGGCCACGCUGCCGCUCGCCGUCGACCUGAACAGAGCAACCGACAGCGAGACGAAGGCGGCGCGAACGCUAACGAGGGACGAGGGUUUCAACUUCCGCGCGGCGCACUGGGGCGACCUGCACCGGCGGCUUCACGAGGCUCUGCCGGCCGCCGUGACCGUGCUCUGGGGCCACCAGUUCUUGUCGUUCGAGGUCUCGGACGACGACGACGACGAUAACCGCGGCGUCGUCGCGACGACUCGCGUGCUCGGAACCGGCGAAACGGUGGAGGUCGCCGGGGACUUGCUGGUCGCUGCGGAUGGCUGCGCGUCGUCGAUCCGCCGGCACUUCCUCCCUGAUCUCAAACUCAGGUACUCCGGGUACUUCGCAUGGCGAGGCGUGUUCGAUUUCACCGGAAAAGAAAGCUCCGACAUCGUCACCGGCAUCCGACGAGCGUACCCGGAGCUCGGAAGCUGCCUCUACUUCGACCUUGCCUACAAGACCCACGCUGUGCUCUACGAGUUGCCCGGGAACAGGCUCAACUGGCUCUGGUACAUCAACGGUCCGGAGCCAGAGCUCACGGGGAGCUCGGUGACGAUUAAGGUGAGCGAGGCGAUGCUGGCGCGGAUGCGAGAGGAGGCGGAGCGCGUGUGGGCGCCGGAGCUGGCGCGGCUGAUCGGGGAGACCGCGGAGCCGUUCGUGAACGUGAUCUACGACGCGGACCCGGUGCCGCGGCUGUCGUGGGCGGGCGGCCGCGUGGCGCUGGUGGGGGACGCGGCGCACCCGACCACCCCGCACGGGCUGCGGAGCACCAACAUGUCCUUGCUCGACGCGCGCGCGCUCGGGGCGUGCCUCGCGAGCACGCCGGGGGUGUCGUCGUCGCGGCAGCGCGCACUGGCCGACUACGAGGCGGCGCGGAUGCCGGUCGUGGCGGCGCAGGUGCUGCACGCACGCAGGCUCGGGCGGCUCAAGCAGGGCCUGCCGGUGGACGGUGAUGAGGAGGCGGCGGGGUUCGACGUGAGGCGGGUGGCGACGGCGGAGGAGGUUUCGCAGCUGCGGCAGAGGGGAAUGCCGUAUUUUGGUGGCGCGCCAACGUCUGGUGCCGGUUAAAGUCGUGGCUGCUUAUGUUGUGUUGCGGUGGUUUGGAGUCCAUAGUCUGCACGUGCGAACUUUUUUUUUCUGCGUAUAAGAUGGACAUGCGAACUUGAUCGGAGAUUUGUAAUUUGAGUGGUGCAAUAGCAUCUCCAGCGGCAGUACCAUUUAA